AUGAAAGGAGAUGGUGGAAAUGCCUCUGACGCAGUCCGUGUUUCUGUUCUGAAUUUGGUGGAUCUUGUGGGUUCAGAACAUGCUGCAGAAACCAGAGAAGAGGAGUGCUCACAUAUAAUAGACAAAAGCUUGAUGACACUCGGGACUGUAAUGAAAAAAUUGAGUGAAGGAGUUGACAGGGAUCAUGUUCCGUACCGAGACAGCAAGCUUACAAGGAUAUGUAUCACUUGCAGAGAUGAAACCAGGAGCAGUCUUCGAUUUGCUAGCCGAGCACUGCGUGUCACUAAACAUGCACACAUCAAUGAGGUAGGAUCCAAAUCAUCUUGCGCUUAA